AUGAAGAGAUUUGCUAAACAAAUUCCUCAAAGCCUGAGGAGUUCCACUAUCAACAGUGUGAGGUCAGUAAUGGUCAAGCCGAGGUUUGGUCCGACGAGUAUAAUGAAAUCGGAAAUGAAAAAUGGGAUUAAGAUAACCUCUGCUCAAGAUACAGACUUUUUGUUAGCAGCGUGCACUAUCAUGUUUCAGGCUGGUUCUCGUUACGAGACUCAUGAUGAUUUGGGAGCUACUCACUUCCUGCGCUUGGCUUCAACAGGCGGCGGAUGUAGGGCAACAGCGUUUUCCAAACUCAGAGUAUUACAGCAGGCUGGAGCAUAUAUAACUACAACCUUGGACAGGCAAACGAUUGCCUACACUUUGCGAUGUCCACUCCAUAUGUUUCGUGAUCUCAAAUAUUAUUUAUUGGACACAGCAGUGGAUUGCUGCUACCAUGAUUGGGAAAUAUCGGAUCUCAAGCCGAUUGUGAGAGGUGACCUUAGUAGGAUCCAUCCAGAGCAGAAGGUCUUUGAUUUAAUACAAAAAGCGGCCUGGGCUGGCUCGUUGGCAAAUUCUGUAUACUGUGAAGAAGAAAGAAUUGACAGCAUGGACGGAGAAAAGCUGAGGAAUUACGUAUCAAUGAACUAUAUCCCUUCUAUGUGUAGUGUAGCAAGUGUUGGAGUUCCGUUUGAGGAAACUAUGAAGAUUGCUGAAAAGAUAGAAAAAACCAGCGAAGUCCAUUUGCCAAAGAGCCAUAAGGUUUCCCCGCGAAUGGGUUAUGAAUACUACGAUCUUGGCCCAAAUAGUGACACCUGGAUAGCUGUCGCUGUUCCAAGCUGUGACGCAUGGGAUUCCCAAAGUGUCUUCAAGCACGCAAUUAUAGCAGCAGCAUGCGGCACAGAGAACAUGCAAGAGGGCAUGACAUCGAUGGACCGUAUAGCUCAAUCACCUCUGGGCCUGAUAAGUGACAAAGAUGUACACACAGAUUGCAGAGCUUUUAACAUAUCAUACAUUGAUACUGGAUUAUUUGGUAUCAUAGCAAAGACAUCUUCAUGCUCCGCCCAUAAGAUAUCUUUGAUGAUAGCUGAGUUCCUCGCUCGUAUUGGUGAACUCAGUCUUACACAAAUCGACGAAGGGAAGAAGAGACUUUUACUCAAUCUUGCUAUCCACGAUGAAGACUGUGUCAGGAUAUGCGAAGGCCUGGCGUUGCAGUCUCUAUACAACAGUCAGAUAGACUGCGCCGAAAAUUCUGCAAAGAUUAUAGAAGGAAUAUGUUCCGACGAAGUUUCAGCAACAGCCAAAGCAUUGGCCUCCAAAUGUCGUCAAAUGGCUAUAGCCGUCGUUGGUGAUAUUGGUGUUGUACCAAUCGAUCAGGAAAUAUUUAGACGAUAG